AUGAUGACAAGUUUGUUUUUCGACUCAAAGCUUGUUUUUGAUCCGCGCGGUUCCAAUGACAAAAAUUCAGUAAAAAACUUAAAAAAGUAUUACAAAGAUGGUAGUGUUGAAAUUGCAAAAUUGCUUUUGAGGUGGGUGGCUGAUCCAGACUGGAAGGAUAAAGAUGGCAAAAAGCCGAUAGAUCUUGUUUCUCCUUACAGUGAUGUUGGAAAACUAUUUGGUGCUAUUGAUUAUAAUAAAGCAACCUCGCUUGUGGCUGUUGCACUAUUGACUACAGCAGGUAGUAUUGCCUUGAUUUCUGGGGUUGCCGACGCAUACAUAGAGAGAAUAUGGCUGCAGGAAAAGAUCGAAAAUCAAACCUAUACGCUGAGUUCACAAGAUAAAAAGGAAGUCCUGAGGCACUUGAUUGAAUCUAAGACGUUCGAGCAAAUUCUCCAUGUGAAAUUUCCUGGAUAUAAGCGUUUUUCUAUAGAAGGUGGAGAGUUAGCUAUCGUUGCGAUUGAGAGAAUUAUUAGUGAUUCUGCGGCUUUUGGCAUUGAAGAAGUAGUUCUUGGCAUGGCUCACCGCGGACGACUUAAUGUUCUGACCAAAGUUAUGGGGAAAGAAUAUGCGGCAAUGCUAUCUGAAUUUCAAGGCAACCUUGCAUACCCAAGUGGUCUUGAGGUGUCUGGUGAUGUUAAAUAUCACCUUGGUUAUUCUUCUGAUCGAGCACUUACAAGUGGCAAAAAAAUAAAUUUAAGUUUAUGCCCUAACCCAUCUCACCUUGAAGCGGUGAAUCCGGUUUUGGCUGGAAGAAUAAGAGCAAAACAGAAUAUAAGGUCUGUGCUUGGCAUAUCAAUUCAUGGUGAUGCAGCUUUCAUCGGCCAAGGUGUCGUUGCCGAGACCUUGAGCCUAAGCAACAUUAAUAAUAAUAAUAAUAAUAGUCUUUAUUUGCAUAAAACAUGGUAA